AUGGAAAACUGGGGUCUGAUCACUUACAGGUUUGUUGGCCUUAAUGAUAUUGCACUUGCACAUCUGACUGAUUGCAUNAGAACUACCGCUGUCCUCUUCGACGAGUACGCCUCGGACCAGAAGUACAAGAACCGCAUUGUCUACGUUGUUGCUCACGAACUUGCUCACCAGUGGUUCGGAAACCUCGUCACCAUGGAUUGGUGGUCGGAGCUCUGGCUGAACGAGGGUUUCGCUACCUGGGUCGGCUGGCUGGCUGUUGACCACCUUCACCCAGACUGGUCAGUCUGGUCGCAAUUCGUCACCGAGUCUAUGCAAACUGCAUUCAACCUGGAUUCUCUGAGAACAUCGCACCCCAUCGAGGUUCCCGUCAGGAACGCUCUAGAAGUCGACCAAAUUUUCGAUUCCAUCAGCUAUCUCAAGGGAAGCUCAGUCAUCCGUAUGUUGGCUUCUCACCUGGGUGUCGAGACUUUCUUGCACGGUGUUGGAGAUUACCUCCAGGCCCACAAGUACCAAAACGCUACUACCAGCGAUCUGUGGUCUGCUCUCAGCAAGGCCAGUGGAAAGGAUGUGAACACUUUCAUGGACCCCUGGAUUCGUAAAAUUGGUUUCCCUGUUGUCACCGUAGCAGAAGAGCCCGGUCAGAUCAGCAUCAAGCAGUCUCGCUUCCUCAGUGGUGGAGAUGUCAAGCCCGAGGAGGACGAGACUACCUGGUGGAUUCCCCUUGGUCUCAAGUCUGGCUCAAACUCAUCCGAAGUCAAGAGCGAUUCUCUUACUACAAAGGAAGACACUAUUCGUGAGAUUGAUGACAGCUUCUACAAGCUCAACUCUGAACAGACUGGCUUCUACCGCACAAAUUUGCCUCCCAAGAGACUCACACAGCUCUCGACUCAGCUCGACAAGCUCUCUCCUCAGGAUAAGAUUGGUUUGAUCGGUGAUGCCGCAGCUCUUGCCAUCUCGGGCGAUGCAACCACUGCCGGCGUUCUCUCCUUCCUUGAGGGCUUCACCAAGGAGACCAACUACCUUGUCUGGUCCGAAGUUCUUUCGAGUCUUGGAAACAUCAGAUCUGUCUUUGCAGAUGAUGAGCAGGUCUCCGAGGGUCUUCGCCAGUACACUCUGCGUUUGGUCAGCGAGGCUACCGACAAGAUUGGUUGGGACUUUGCUCCUCACGACGACUAUCUGACUGGUCAGCUGCGUGCUCUUUUGCUCGCUUCUGCUGGUAUGGCAGGACACGAGGGCGUUGUUGCCGAGGCCAAGAAGCGUUUCGCCGCUUUCACUGAGGGCGGCGACAAGAAGGCCAUCCACCCCAGUCUGCGCACCGCUACCUUCAAGAUUGCUGUCAAGGAAGGUGGCAAGCCUGCCUACGAUGCUGUCAUGAAGGAGUACCUCAACACGACCUCUGUUGACGGCAAGGAGAUUGCCCUCCAAGCCCUUGGCAGAGUCCAAUCCACUGAGUUGGCCAAAGAAUACCUCAGGUGGUCUUUCAGCGGCGAUGUCGCCACCCAAGAUCUGCACACUCCUUCUAGAGCAUUGGCUCUCAACUCAAAGACCAAGCUCGAAGUUUGGCACUUCAUCAAGGAGAACUGGAGCAUGUUGAGAGAGCGUCUCGGCAACAACAUGGUCGUCCUCGAAAGAUACCUUCGCAUGAGUCUGAACAGAUUCUCAAGCUUCGAGGUCGAGAAGGACAUUGCCGAAUUCUUCAAGGACAAGGACAACGCUGGCUACGACCGUGGUCUUGCUGUUGUCAGUGACACAAUCAAGGGCAGAGCCAGAUAUGCACAGCACGAUCUCGAGAUCAUCAGAGAGUGGCUUUCGGCCCACGCCUACACGAAGUAG